AUGUUCGUAUCAGAGGGCACAGUCGAGGAAUGGAGGCAUAUGUGCGACAUGAACUUCGUGGCAUUAUGUCUUUGCGCAAAACUGGCAGUCCAAAGUAUGAGGAAGCUAAAUGUGGAUGAUGGCCAUAUCAUCAACAUCAAUAGCAUCUCCGGCCAUCGAGUGCCUCCUACAAGAGUAGUCCAUUUUUAUUCGGGCAAGGAGUUUGCUGUAGGUGCUAUUACGGAGGGUCUCCGAAGGGAGCCGCGGGAUCUCAAGUCACACAUUCGAGCUACAAAAAUCCGUCCUGGACUUGUUGAGACAGAGAUGGCAUAUGUUGUGGAUCCCGAGAGGGCGAAGACACUGUACUGCAGCAUCAAGACACUCCAGGCCGAUGACAUUGCUGAUGCAAUCAUCUUUCCCUAA